CCGAGCGCUGUCAAAGAGCGUCUGCGAGGGGAAAGGGGGCUCGAACGUUUUCUUUUCCAUCCUUAGGUCCUGUAUCACUGAAUUUUUUUUACCAUGUUUUUGCUGGACUCAGACUCGCAGCUGGACUGCUUGAGUAAUCUACUCGAAGCCGGAAAUGCUGUCAACGCCGCUGGAGACGUAUCGGGGCAGUCCCCUGCUCAUUUGGCGGCGUGUGGCGGGGACGCGUUCUGCUUGCUGUGGCUUUUGCAGACAGGAGCGGAUGCAAACCAGCAGGACUCUUCCGGGGAGACACCGAUUCAUAAAGCCGCAAGGGCAGGGAGCUUGGAAUGCAUUAGUGUUCUCGUAGCCAGUGAUGCGCGACUGGAAAUUUGUAAUAAUGAGGGUAAAACGGCUGAGGACCUGGCCUGGUCACACGGCUUCCUGGAGUGCAGCAAGCUUCUCAGUACCCUGAGGAUGAACCAGCAGCUGAAGAGUGGCGCUCUGGGGGGGCGCGUCUCCCCGGAGAGGGUCGCCGUUGGCGGGACGGUGGCGGGACAGAAGCGGGCCUGCGAGGUGGCGCCCGUGGGCCGGGAUGGGAAGAGGCCGCGGGACUGGUGAUGGCGGAUCCCGCGCGGCAGCCGAAAAGCGCUAAAAAGAGCUGAAAAAUGACAGAGCUCGGGGGUGGCGUUUUCAGAGGGACUGUGUGAAGAGGAGGUUAUACGAGGCGACCUGUGCUUGGGGGGGGUCACGUUUUAAACCCCUGUCCCGCUCACGCUCGCUGGUGACUGAUCUCAAAGCUGUCUGUCACCUGGGUGGCACUGUCACAUGUCAGGGAGGAUAGGAUGCAGGGCCAGUGAAACUGGAUGAUAAAACAGUGUGCUCCAAGCACUGCUGGUCCAGGACCAGCGCACCCAGCCCUAUUCCCAAUCUGUCAUUAGGAGGAACCAGCUGAAACUGAUCCAGGGUCAGAGCUAUGGCGCAGUCUCUACAGGAGGAUGCUUCUGCAGUAGUGUCCCGGUGUGAGGUUUACGGCCACGUUCACCACCUGGCGGACACACAGGUGUGAGAAACACUAUCCCCUCCUUCUCUCCUAAUGUUAGCAUCUCUCCAGGAGUGAUGAUCCCACGGGUAAAAGAGGGUUUCAUCUAUCAACACAGUAAGUGUUAAAGUGCAGAGGCAGCCAUGUUAAAAUGCCACAGACUUCAGAACAGCCACUUAACUCAGUGGCAGCACGUGCUGUACAUUGUUACUUUCUGGGGACAUGAGGUGAAACCGCUCAGUCUUAAUGUGUGUGCAACAUAAUCCUGCAACAUAAUGUUGCUUGUCUUCUGUGAAGAGUGUUGGGUUUUCCAUGUGGACGACCCACUUCAGUAGCCAGAG